GAUGAAUCCAUUUAUUAUCGCUAUGAAAUUGUAAUUUAUAUUUGUACGUCAAGGCCUCUAAUAUUUGUUGGUAUUCCUGAAGGUUUUGCUGAUGUACAGAACAAAACAUUGGUGGCAGAGAUGCAAGAAAAGAUGCUACACAAGGACAUCAACUCAAUGAUAGGAAGUUCCAUGCCACUAGGUAUGAUGCGCAUAGGAAUAAUCAUCCACAACAUCGAGAUGAACCCAAAACAAGGCGCGAAGUUAGUCCGAGCUGCAGGGACAAACGCCAAGAUCCUUAAGGAGCCUGCUUCGCUUGAUAAAGCUUCCAUCAGGGGACUCACGGUAGAUCAACGCCACAUGUCGUGCUACGAUUGGUAAAGUCUCUGACCCGUCUCAUGGAGGGAAGAAGAAGCUGAGGAAGGCAGGACAGAGUAGGUGGCUGGGGAUAAGACCAAAAGUGAGAGGCGUAGUGAAGAAUCCUAGUGAUCAUCCACACGGUGGUGGUGAAGGGAAAAGCAAAAGUAGUGGAAGCAGAGGUAGGACAUCCGUAUCUCCGUGGGAGAAACCGUACAAAGUUGGGUACAAAUCAGCUAGUGUCAAGAAGAAGAAGAAG